CCAUUGAUUUCAGUGGGAGCGCAGGCGGAGGAGCGGAGCAGAGCAGGAGCUGCCGGAGGAACGCCUCCAAACAGCUCCUCUUAUUAUCACCUCUCCGCACCAGCCUUCAAUCAGACCCACGGCGAGUCUCCCAGCCCAUACCUCUGCGAGACUGCGGCUCUGCUGGCGACCUACAGCUGGGGAAUAACCAAAGGAGUUGCCGUCCACUCCGCGGGCGCAAAGGCUGGCAUCGUGGCUCUUUCACGAGUGGCAUGCUCGGGCGACCCUUCGGGCACGACUGAACUCCUGCUUUCACCCAAAGAGGAUUCAAUGAAAAUGUCAGUGUGCGUCCAUGAGAACCGAAAAUCGCGAGCCAGCACCGGCUCCAUGAACAUCUACCUUUUCCACAAGUCCUCCUAUGCUGACAGUGUCCUCAUGCACCUCAACUCUCUGCGGCAACAGAGGCUUUUCACAGAUGUCCUCCUCCAUGCGGGCAGCCGCUCCUUCCCCUGCCACCGCGCCGUGCUGGCAGCAUGCAGUCGCUACUUUGAGGCCAUGUUCAGCGGCGGCCUGAGGGAGAGCCAGGCCAGUGAGGUCGACUUCCGAGACUCGAUCCACCCGGAGGUUUUGGAGCUGCUGCUCGAUUAUGCCUACUCAUCGCGGGUGGUGAUCAACGAGGAGAACGCAGAGUCACUAUUGGAGGCCGGGGACAUGUUGGAGUUUCAGGACAUCCGCGAUGCUUGCGCCGAGUUCCUGGAGAGAAAUCUUCAUCCAUCCAACUGCCUUGGCAUGCUGUUGCUGUCUGACGCCCACCAGUGUACGAAGCUGUCAGAGCUCUCCUGGGGCAUGUGUCUAAGCAACUUCCCUGCCAUUUGUAAGACAGAGGACUUUCUCCAAUUGCCCAAAGAUAUGGUAGUGCAGCUUUUGUCACACGAGGAGCUAGAGACAGAAGAUGAGAGGCUGGUUUAUGAAGCUGCCCUUAACUGGAUCAACUAUGACCUAGAAAAGAGGCACUGCUACCUCCCCGAGCUUCUUAGAACAGUCCGGCUCGCCUUACUGCCCGCCAUCUUUCUAAUGGAGAACGUUUCAACAGAAGAGCUGAUAAAUGCUCAGGCGAAGAGCAAGGAACUGGUAGAUGAAGCUAUCCGCUGCAAGCUGAAGAUUCUCCAGAACGACGGUGUUGUCAACAGCCCUUGCGCUCGACCACGAAAAACCAGCCACGCCCUGUUUCUUCUUGGCGGGCAGACGUUCAUGUGUGAUAAAUUGUACCUGGUGGACCAGAAAGCCAAAGAGAUAAUCCCCAAGGCUGACAUCCCCAGUCCCAGGAAGGAGUUCAGUGCCUGUGCCAUCGGCUGUAAGGUGUACAUCACGGGCGGUAGAGGUUCUGAGAACGGCGUUUCCAAAGAUGUGUGGGUCUACGACACCGUACAUGAGGAAUGGUCUAAAGCGGCACCCAUGCUCAUCGCCAGGUUUGGCCACGGCUCUGCUGAGCUGAAACACUGCCUCUACGUUGUGGGAGGACACACUGCGGCGACAGGCUGUCUCCCGGCCUCUCCAUCCGUGUCACUCAAACAAGUGGAACAGUUCGACCCGGUGGCGAACAAGUGGACCAUGGUGGCACCUCUCAGAGAGGGCGUGAGCAAUGCGGCAGUGGUCAGCGUCAAGCUAAAGCUGUUUGCCUUCGGAGGAACCAGCGUCACCCACGACAAACUGCCCAAGGUGCAGUGCUACGAUCCGCAGGAGAACCGAUGGACCGUGCCGGCAUCCUGCCCGCAGCCGUGGCGUUACACGGCCGCUGCUGUGCUGGGGAACCAAAUAUUUGUCAUGGGCGGGGAUACUGAGUUCUCUGCCUGCUCGGCUUACAAGUUCAGCAGCGAGAACCACCAGUGGACUAAAGUUGGGGAUGUGACGGCCAAGCGGAUGAGCUGCCAGGCUGUGGCAUCAGGAAACAAACUGUACGUGGUGGGCGGGUACUUUGGUACGCAGCGGUGUAAAACUCUGGACUGCUAUGACCCGACACUCGAUGCAUGGAAUAGCAUCACGACUGUUCCAUACUCGCUCAUUCCUACUGCCUUUGUCAGCACAUGGAAACAUCUACCAGCUUGAAUCCUGAACUGUUGACCUGUACCUUCUCCAAUAGAUUUCCCGUUCCGCAUCAUCUGCCAGUCUCCUGACCGCGAAGAAGCACACAUUCUCUUCCUCCAAAAAGAGGCGCCGUGCAGCGAUGUACAGAUGUCCCGCACUUCAUCUCGAUGUUGCUUAAAAAAUAGCAAACAAAAAAAACAAACUAAAGAACAGGAUCAGAGAGCCAGUAGGCUGGACAGUUGCGGAGGAAGGCGGACGGCUCGUUCAGAGACAGACUGAUGCUUGUUCUGCGAGGCAUAGACUCUGACCCUGUGUGCACAUUGUGCUUUCAUGCUGCCAUAGGAGUGCUGCAAACGUCUAAAAAAACCUGCUUUCUUCAUACGUGGUCAUGACAGGCUUGUGACGAUCUGUGAAGUUUUCUCUAUGACAAAAAAAACAUAUAUAAAUAUAUAGAUAUAGCAUGACAGAUGCUUUGGUUUGACUGAUUAAAGGGGAAGCAGUGUCAGGUGUGAAAAAGGACAAAUCAGUGGACUUUGACCGAAUAUUUGACUGAUACAAGGUACAAUGAAGGAGCAAAUCUUCCCCCUUUUUUUUUAAAUUUCUUUUUCAUAAGUUUCAAGCUGUUAGCAGCUUAUAGUUUGUGCUUCAGGCUCAGAUAAAAACACUGGAGCAUUUCUCCUACAGAAGCUUUCUCGUCCCUGCCUCUCAUUAAGCGCUGAGGAGCGACGCAGGUCAAGGGCGAUCGAUGGGAUUUGCGCGCCGCCUCAAGCUCGCGGCCUUGCGUGUUUGCCUCUCGGAGCCGAUACGUUCAAGCACCGUAUUUGGACUCGGCUCAUAAGGAACGCUGCACCCCUAAUGCCGUACAAGAGCGGCUGUGCUUCUGUUCUCCUGAUAAAACCGCCGGCUCGCUUGCUGAGUCAUCGCUGAAACCCCUUUUUAGAGCAUGUUCACUUAUAGUGAUUCAGUGAAAACUGGCAUGUACUCUUCAAAAAAUCGUGUCACCUUAUCAAAAGCUGAUAUAUUUUCUUUUUUUUGGAUCAGUUUCUUUUUAAACUUGCUGCAGUGUAGUCUUAAUUUAUAUGGUACUGGUAACUGUGUUAUGUUAAUAUGUUUAAUCCUAUUUAUUUCUUCUCUGCCUGCAUUCAGAUGUGAAUGUAUGUGUGGGUUAUGUCAUGCAUGGCCAAGUGUUGUGUUUUGAUCUGGUCUCAGUGAGCUGCAUUUUGCACAGUUCAGUCUUUUGCCGGGAGAGGCUUGCUUUUUAAGACUCAGAGAAGCUCAUUUAGCUUUGCUGUUCACUUCUUUUCAAGCGGCUUGGGAAGGAAGAAAGACUUAAAUUGCAGAUUAAAUAAAGUACAGUAGGAUUUCUAGGUCUUCGGUAGGCGUAGGCUGGAUACCGGGAUCAACUUCCGUCUUAAAAGACGUUUUGGCAAUAAAAGUUGUGUUUUUCAUUUAUCCCUUUGAUCGGUUUGAAGUCUUUUUGAUUAGACGCCCCACAAAUUGUGAAAAUUCUAAUAAAGCUACAAUCUGUCAAGCAGCCUACUGCAGGCUAGCUGCCUGUGCUUCUAUACAAGGAGAACAGUAAACUUGAGUAAUGUCCUACGUACGGAUGGUUUGAACACUAAAAUGUUCUAAUUUUUUAACAAUUCUAUCAGAAUAUCCAUAAAUUAAAAUUAGAGGUGACCUUCCUAUAACUGUAAUAAUGUCAUCAUUUUAGCAGCACUUGGUAAUGGUUGCUAUUCCUCUUUUUUUAUUUUUUAUAUAUUUUUUUUAAAGGAACUAGAUCAUCUGAUACUUUAAAAAAAAUUUUAGUUGCAUAUAGAAGCUCGUACCAGCCCAAGCCUAGACCUUACCAAUAGAUGACAGAAUACCAUUGGAUAAAAUAGGCCCAACCUAUUUUUAUUAAUAAAGAAAAGCCAAAACAAAAUAAGAGAUAAGAUAGCACAAUAUGUGACCCAUUAACUACCGAGGACAUCACAUCACAGAUUGACCUCGACAAGGUUAAGAAUUUGACAGUGUUUGCAGCUGUCCCAAGGACAGCAGGAGCUAUGUCACGCGUGCCAACUUGGCUCCCUGAGAGUUAACCCGCAGUCCCGUUUUUGUUAAAGGCAGACACCGCAGUGCUUUUUUUUUACCAUUUAAAAACACAUUCAGUGAAGCAAGUUUCUGAAAAAAAUAAAAUAAAAUCAGCAAAAGUCUUAUCAUAUCUGGCGACAUCUCCUCAGUGUGUUUGUCUUUGUCUCUCUUGGUGACCUGACCAUGUUGCCGUUGCAUAUCAAUUCAAUUACUUUGUAAAAGGUUCUGUCUUGGUGGAAUUGGUAUGUUCUGUUUCAGAUCUUCCUUUAUGACUCCCCAUUCACAUUCAGUGGACAUCACCCCCCCCCCCCCCCCCCCCCCCAAAAAAAAAAAAGAAACCCGCCGCUCAGCCCUCCUUCAACCAUUCAGAAAAUUCCUUCUAUUGUGAAUUUGAAGACUUGUGUGGGGACCAUUGUGGCUCUGUGACGUUGAACACAUCCAACCGCUGAACCAAGAGACUUCAGCCCAACCAAUCAGAUGAGGGCAUUUCUUUCCCUGCAGCACACAAGUUUCCCUGGCAACAGCGAGCAAUGAAUGCCCCUUCAAUUUGCACCUAAUUGCUGAGCGGCAUUUCCCCGUUUCUCCUCCGGCUCUCCCCCUCAUCUUCCUGAGCGCGCUGCUUUCACACAACGCCGUCAAUGAGACGCAAAAUUCCGUCAGUGUGCAUCUUUUUUAUUCUUUCUUUCAUUUGAUCAUGUAAGAGUUUCAUUUCUAUUUUUUAUGGCGUUAUUUUGUACAUGUGACUGUUUCUUUUUCUUUUUUUUUUCACAAUGUGAAAUUCAUGGCUAAUAAACAUAAGAGUUUUUUCCUCUUGA